GGAUGGGGGUGCGUUGUAUGGUGGGUUGUUGACAUUGUGAGAGGCAUUGAGCGACAUUCAGGAGGGUUAAUGUGUUGGCGAACUACCUCGAACUAUCGACAGAUCAAAGUAUCUAUCAUCAGCGGUGAUCAUUCGAUCAUUCAUUCCUUCGUUCCACCCACCGAUUGGGCCCCUUCUCGCCAGCAGUGUCUCCGUUGGCUUAGUCAGAGCUGCCCAAUUGGGUCCAUCCACCCAUCCACCCAUCAACCCAUCAACCCAUCAACCCAUUCAUUGGCCUGAGCCGUCUGUCCUUCGCUGCAUCGCAAUCCGCGUCCAACUCAUCGCUUACCCCCGUGACCCCGCCGUGAGCGAGCGAGGCCAAUCAUGUCCAUCGAAAUCGAAUCCGCGGACGUGGUUCGAUUAAUCCAACAAUACCUUAAAGAGAACAACCUCCAUCGAACCCUCCACACACUUCAAGAGGAAACGUCAAUAUCAUUGAAUACAGUGGAAUCCCAGGAUGCCUUUAUUGCCGAUAUCAACAACGGUCAUUGGGACACGGUCCUAAAGGCCAUUCAAACGCUCAAACUCCCGGACAAGAAACUUAUUAAUCUGUACGAGCAGAUUGUAAUUGAGCUUAUCGAACUUCGGGAGUUGGGAGCGGCUCGGUCUUUGUUGCGCCAAACAGACCCCAUGAUUGUGAUGAAACAAAACGAGCCAGAACGUUACGUUCAUCUAGAAAACCUCCUGGCACGGUCCUACUUUGACCCCCGCGAAGCCUAUCCUGAAGGAGGUACGAAAGAGAGACGUCGCGCAGCCAUCGCUCAAUCCUUGGCGGGAGAAGUGUCGGUGGUGCCACCUUCCAGAUUACUGGCUCUCUUGGGUCAGGCCUUGAAAUGGCAGCAACACCAAGGAUUACUCCCGCCUGGAACGCAGAUUGAUCUGUUUCGAGGAAAAGCAGCCAUGCGUGAGCAAGAAGAAGAGCGAUACCCAACUCAAAUGGUCAAACAAAUCAAAUUCGGCUCCAAAUCUCACGUGGAAUGUGCCACCUUCUCACCCGAUGGUCAGUAUCUGGUGAGUGGCACCGUGGAUGGAUUCAUCGAAGUAUGGAACUUUACCACGGGCAAGAUCCGCAAGGAUCUAAAGUAUCAAGCUCAAGACAACUUCAUGAUGAUGGAAGAAGCCGUCCUUUGCGUGGCAUUUUCUCGGGAUAGCGAAAUGUUGGCCUCUGGCUCAGUGAAUGGCCAAAUCCGCGUGUGGAAAGUGAGCACGGGUCAGUGUCUCAGAAAAGUGGAAAAGGCUCAUGGAAAAGGCAUCACAUGCCUUCAGUUUUCCAAAGACAAUAGUCAGAUCUUGAGUGCCUCAUUCGACACGACAGUCCGCAUUCACGGUUUGAAGUCGGGAAAAACGCUUAAGGAAUUCCGAGGUCACUCUUCUUAUGUGAACAGUGCCACCUUCACGAUUGACGGCCAUAACAUUGUCAGUGGCGGUUCAGACGGGGUCGUGAAGAUCUGGAAUGUUAAGACGACCGAGUGCAUGAACACGUUCAAGUCUUUGGGCAGCAACGCGGCUGGGGGCGAUAUUCAUGUCAAUAGUGUACAUCUUUUACCCAAGAACCCCGACCAAAUUGUUGUUUGCAACCGCACCGACACCAUUGCCAUCAUGAAUAUGUCUGGACAGAUCAUCCGAUCCUACGCUUCAGGAAAACGUGAGGGAGGCGACUUCGUGGCUUGCGAACUUUCACCACGAGGAGAUUGGUUAUACUGUGUGGGGGAAGAUUUCAUCUUGUACUGCUUCUCGGCUGCGUCUGGCAAACUCGAGAGAACACUGAACGUCCAUGAAAAAGAUGUCAUUGGGAUAUGCCACCACCCGCAUCAAAAUCUCAUCGGCACAUAUUCAGAGGACGGCACGCUGAAAUUGUGGAAGCCCUAAGGCUCAUCUUUGGUCUCACAUCCCACUGAAUAUUUUAAAUGUUGCGACGUUUUUCGACGACUCGUGAAAAUAAAUGAUGUGUUAAAUUGUC